AUGCAGACCGCCAAAACCCACAAAGCCCUGGUUUAUGACAGGCCCGGCGAGAUCUCCACUAAGGUCGUGGAUAUUGACACUCCCAGUCCAGGACCUGGUCAAAUUCUGAUCAAGAUGACCCAUUCUGGAGUAUGCCAUUCCGACCUCAGUCUCAUGACCAAAACCUGGAGUUGGCUUCAGGAGCCCGUCAAACCUGGACAAGUUGGUGGCCACGAGGGUGUCGGUAUCGUCGCCAAGUUGGGACCGUCAUCGGAGACUUCAAGUGUCAAAGUUGGCGACCGGGUGGGAAUCAAGUGGAUUUCCUAUGCAUGUGGCAACUGCAUGCCUUGCUUGGCCGGUGCUGACGGUAUAUGCGUGAACGCUGAAGUAUCUGGCUAUACAUGCCCUGGUACAUUCCAGGAAUACGCCUUGGCUCCCGCUCACUAUGUGACGCCAAUCCCUGAUGGACUAGCCAGUGAUAUUGCGGCACCCCUUCUUUGUGGCGGUGUUACUGUUUAUUCAGCCCUCAAGAAGAGCAAAGCUCAAGCUGGCGAUUGGGUUGUCAUCGCUGGAGCCGGUGGUGGACUGGGCCAUCUUGGGGUCCAGUUGGGAGGCCGAGGAAUGGGAUUCAGAAUUAUCGGGGUGGACCUAGGAUCUAAGGAGACUUUUGUCAAGGAAUGCGGCGCUGAAGCUUAUGUCGACAUCUCCAAGUAUCCUAUGGCUGAUGGUAAGAGCGCUGCUGAUCAGAUUUUGGAAAUCACCGGUGGCAGUGGUGCUACGGCGGCCGUCAUUUGCAGCGCCAGUAAUGCUGCAUACGGUGAAGCACUCUCCUAUUUGCGAUUCAAUGGCACACUCGUCUGUGUGGGGGUUCCAUAUGAUUCAAAGCCAAUCGCCAACGCCUACCCCCAUUUGAUGGUUGGGAAGCAGUUGAGAAUCGUUGGAAGUACCGUGGGCAAUCGUUCGGAGGCCAUUGAAACUCUUGCUAUGGCCAAGCGGGUGGUAACGACUCCUUUCCGUCUCGAGAAGAUCGAGAACAUCAAUGCUGUGUUCAAGGAAAUGAAAGAGGGGAAUUUGCAGGGCCGAGUGGUGUUGGACCUACAGUUUUGUACUUAG